AUGGCACUCAAAAGAGCCUUCUAUCGAACCGGUGACGCAAUCUGCGAUGAAAUUCUUGGGUUGCUUGAAAAAUACGCCAACGAAACGCUCGCUAAGCAGGAUAAGUUCCGCCUAGGUGUAUCGGGUGGCUCAUUAGCGGACAUUCUCUGUGAGGGUAUGUCGGAUCUGCGGUCCGAUUUCAGCAAGUGGCAGAUAUUCUUUUGCGACGAGCGUGUUGUACCGGUAGCAGAUAAGGAAUCAACGUUCGGAAUUUUCAAACGAGAUCUACUUGCAAACUGUGAUAACAUUCCAGAGAGUGUGUUCUUUCCGGUGAAUACCUCGCUGGACGUGAAUGAUGCAGCAGUAGAAUACGAACGUACGCUACGGAAAACAUUUGCAUUGGCAAAGCCGGACGAUAUACCGUCGUUUGAUCUGCUGAUUUUGGGUAUAGGACCGGAUGGACAUACGGCGUCACUGUUUCCAGGUCACCCGCUGCUCGAAGAGAAGAAGAAGUUGAUCGCUCCAAUCGAUAAUUCUCCGAAACCACCACCAAAACGGGUCACCAUGACGCUGCCGUUAAUCAAUAAUGCCAAGGUGUGCCUGUUCGGUGCACAGGGUGGUGGAAAAGCAGAAAUGCUUAAGCGUAUUGUGGCAGAUAGGGACACUUCCUUGCCGGCCACACUGGUCGAUCCUCCCAAGGGUGAACUCAUAUUUGUUGCCUGCGAUGCAGCUGCAGCCCUAAUAGAAGGCGAUCCAUUCCCACGAUCGUAA